AUGUCCUGCGACAACUGCAAAACCGGAUUUGCCUGGGAUGGCAAGUCUGUAGGCAAGGAGACCACUCUCGGCCAGAACAAGGCAUACGUGACUGGUGACAACAAGGACGCUGCCGUCCUUAUCAUCGCCGAUAUCUUCGGUUGGACUCUGCCUAACGUUCGCAUUCUGGCGGACCAUUAUGCAAAGGAAGCCAAUGUCACUGUUUAUAUCCCCGAUUACUUCGAAGGUGAAGUCGUAGAUCCUGACGCUAUGAGUGAUCCCGAGAAGGCGAAGAAGUUUGACGUUAUGGCGUUCAUCGGCCGCCACAACAAGGACAAGCGCUGGCCCGAGAUCAAAGCCAACGCGCAAGAGCUCAAGAAGCAAUACAAGAAAGUCGGCGCGAUGGGCUUCUGCUACGGCGGCUGGGCAUGCUUCAAGCUGGCCGCCGACCCCUCUCUCAUCGACGCCGUGUCCACCGCACAUCCGUCCCUGCUCGACAAGGCCGAAAUCGACGCCGUCAAGGUACCCGUACAGGUUCUUUCGCCCGAGAACGACUUUGCAUACACGGAGGAAUUGAAGAAAUACACACUGGACACGCUGCCCAAGACGGGUGUGCAGUGGGAGUACAUCUACUUCCCUGGUCUUACCCACGGAUUCGCGGCACGCGGUGACCCCAGCGACAAGAACCAGAAGGAUGGACUGGAGAGGGCGAAGAGGAUUGUCGUGAACUGGUUCACCGAGUUCUUGCACUAG